ACUUUAAUCGUUACCUGUCGCCUCCACUCCACGCCAAGCCAAGCAAGUCUCGUCUUACCUGGCCAGCGCGCGGCAUUGUGCUUGCAGUCUUGCGGAAAGAGGACGAGCUACCAGCCGACAUAUUCUGGUGACUGAGAGAGAUGGAGGCGCUGAGAGCAUCUUACGGCGCCGCCUCCUCCGACUCCGAUUCCGAUGCCGAUCCUCCGCCGCCGCCAUCAGCUUCCACUUCCGAGAAUAUUCGAGCGUUGAGUCCUUUGCCUCCUCCUCCUCUCGAUCUCCUCAAUCCUCCUAAUUCUCUCGGGAGUACAUUGGACUGCUUGCAAGGUGGUCAGGCGAGUAGGGUUCGAAGCUUCCCUCACGUUGAAGGGAAUUAUUCGUUGCAUGUCUACAUCCCGGUUCGGAUACCUCUUGCAUCAAAGAAGGAGAUGGCACAGUUUCUGAAGAAGGUCUCGCAUCUUGUGCCUGGUCUAAAUGUUAUUGACAUUGACAUCCCACUCAACAUGCUAUGCAUUGAUGACCUGAAGCUCGAACAAGUUGUCUUGGGGAGAGAAUUCCACAUAAGUCUGGGGAGAACUGUUCCAAUCCGUGUGCACCAAAUUGACUCAGUGGUGGCAAUGCUUCGUCAGAAGCUUCAGUUUCAGAGGAGGUACUGGAUUGAUUUUAGUGAGUGGGAGGUUUUUGUCAAUGAUGAUCACACACGUUCCUUCCUUUCAAUUGAAGUUAUAACAGGAGGAUUGGCAGAGAUAGCUAAGCAGAUUCAAGCUGUUAAUGAGGUUUAUAAGCUUCACAAUCUUCCUGAAUUUUAUAAGGAUCCUCGGCCUCAUAUAUCUGUAGCUUGGGCAUUGGGUGACAGAAGCGAUUUAUUGAAGGAAGAAGUGAAGAGAUGCACUGCGGCUGGGGGAUAUGCACAUAAACGAAUAUUUAGCUGUAAAUUUAGUGGUAUCGACUGUAAGGUAGGCAAUAAAACCUAUAGAAUAUGUAGAUUUCAAGAGGAUUAAUCAAAGGAUAAAAGCUAAUAUUUGCUUUUGAAUUUCCCAAGUGUUGUAUCCAUCGGAGCGUCUCUCUAGUCUCAACCAAGCAGGCUCUUUAUAUCUUGCCUUGAAGACACAUUUAAGUUGAUAUUUUAAUGUGCAUAAUGUCUUUAACACA